AUGCACAAUGGGAAAUUCCAAAUGGAUGCCCAUCUAAAAGCCAGGGAUACACUUCAUGCUGCAUUGAACAAAUUAGAAUAUCUAGGAGUCAAAGUGAGAUUCGACACAGACAUUUUGAAUUCACCAUUUCUCUCUCAAGUGAAACGAAUUAUUGGAUUUGAAUUCAAUGAUAAAUAUUCUACACACGGAUUACCCCCUAAUCAAUGUUGUCAAGAACGACUCGUUGAUUCGCUCAGGUCAUCUCCACGAUAUUGUCCUGAACAUGAGUUAAUGGUAUCUGCGACCAAACGGUUAUCUGAUGACAAAGGUCUAGGAUACAUUUUCGAUAAUAAUCCUGAUAUCGAUGCUAUCGCUAAGGAUCUCUCAUUGUGUACAGUAUGCCCCGUUUAUGGGUUGGCGCAAGUGGUCAUCCUGCUAAAUCAAUCUAUGGUUUCGGCGAUAAAGGGUAUAGUACCUAUGGGAUAUUGUGAUAAUGGAUUACCAUUUGGCUUGAUGUUCAUAACUAGGAAAUGGGAAGAAAAUAAAUUGAUUAGUUUGAUGGCGGCGUACGAGAAAGUAAUGCCUAAACGUAAAUCACCUCAACCAUUCGUCGACAAACACGCUGCGUGA